CUGACCACGCUGUCUGCAGCGCAAGGCCCGCCCCUGCUCCGAGGUGGGGGAGCUACCGAGGUCCUCCCCAGCUCCGGCGAGCGGCCGGUUCAGGCUGCUUCCUUGGUUUUCCCAGCGUGAGACACGCAGGGGGCCUCGGUGGCCGGACGGAGCUUAAACCUUCUCGGGCGUGUGAAGCCCCCUUCCCCUGCCCGCGGCCGGGCCGCCAAGGCCUCAGAGGCCAUGUUACCGUCUCGCUCCGAAGCCCUUCCCCAGGGGAGUGGGUGCCUGGGCAUGGGGACGUCUCAAGGAGGCGCCCAUCCCGCCAUGCUUCUUACGUGUGAGUAGGGGGAGCCUCGUGGCCGGAGGCACCGGCUGCAGCGUGCCCACUGGUUCCCUGUGUUCCCUCCUGCCCUGGGUGCAACUGGAGCCCUGUCCUACACUGCAAAUCAUCCCCACUGGAAAUUGCGAGGCUGAAAUGGCGCAUGGUUAUUUGAAGGCACUGUGAAGGAGGUAAAAGACAGGACUUAACUGUUUUAAAAAGGGCAUGAAAGAUGGAGAAUUCAAAUACAAUCCUCCCCAAGCCUUUGCGAGCAAGAAAAACGAUGACUCCAAGUAGUCGAAAACAAGUGGAAAUGCUGAAUAAAAUAAAGAAUAUUUCAGGACAAGAAAAGAAUCUAAAUGGCUUCAAUACUAAAGAUUACCACGUUCAGUUAAAUACAGUGGAUGUAAACCACAAAAGAAAUGAUUCUGUAAAAGAAAGCUCACUAUCUGAAUCAAAAACAGAUACAUUCCCUGAAAAAAGUGAAAUGUUACCUCAAAAAUUAACAGCCUCAAUACAGGGGUUCACUGUUAACUCCAAAGUAAAUGAAGAAAUAAAGCAAUGCUCAGAUAACAAAAAUGUUGAUCAAAACUGUAAAGAAGAAUCACAAGAGACUCCCCAUGAGAAAUCUUGUAACAAAAACUCUGAUGCAAAACAGUUUCUAAAUGCUGGGUGUUUACAAGAUAUUCUGCAUAAAUGGUAUGAAAAUGAAUUAAAUACACCAUCCUCCAAACCAGUAGAAGUGCAUUUGUAUUCUAAACAAAAUACUGUACCUGUUGACCAAUUAGCAGACAGUGCUUGUUUAGAAGAUCCAGUUAACGGUGAUAAUGGAAACGAAAAAAGAAAUAACAUGAUUAUUCCUAUUUUAGAAAAGAUAGACACAACAGCAGAAAGAAAUAGUGCAAUAGAUGAGGUUAUUCCCACAUUAAAAAAGGUAGACACAAUAUCUGAUUCAAAUGAUGUGAAACACAUAUAUAACCUCACUCAUUCAGUUACCCCCAAACUGCCUGGGACAGAUGAAACAGCUGAUGGUUUUGUGCGUGAAACAGCUGAUGGAAACGGUAGUCCAAAUAUUUCACCAACUGCGGAAGCUGCUAUUAUGCUACAGGAUGCAUCACCUGAAAAUAGUAUUGACAAUGCUCAAAGGAAGAGGGUAUGUUCAGAAGGCAAGGAAGACCGUCACUGUAAGCGCAUAAGAACUUCAUAUGAAAACAAAGAGAAUAUAUGUGUUGUAUCAGAAGAAGAGGAAAUGUUUUGGGGAAAGGUAAAAUGCUUGAUUCAAAAGCGGGUGGAUAUUUUAAAUAAUGAUGUCUUUAACCAGAAACUGGAAUGCUUAAAUGGAAGAGUUGAACAAACACAAUGUCGAAAAAAACAUGAAGAAAUAGCUAUUACAUUUCUAAAGAAAGUGUCUAAGCUUGAGAGACGUAUUAAUACUGUGAUAGCAUUUCAGAAGAAAAUAUUAUCGAAAAUGGUUGCUAGUAAGUCAAAUUUUCCAGGUGCAAACUCGCAAAACACAAUACUAAAUCGAACCAAAUCUGCUUCAGCAUUGCCUAAAAACGUAAAUGGACAAUCAGUUUCUUCAGUUAAACCUCUUUCAUCAUCCUGUAGACAAACUGGUUCCACUACUGAAUGUGUUGCAGAAGAGAAUGUAAGCUCUGAUGAAGUUAUACUGAUUUCUGUGGAAAGCAGAAAUUCAACAACUGUAACAACUGCAAACAAUUCAGAUGUUCAAAAAACAAUCGUUUCUACACAAGAAGUUUCUACUAAAGCUCAAUCCAAAAAUAAGCAUGCUGAAGAAUUAACAAAAUCUCCAGUGAUUGAUCUAACAGAAGAAGGCAAGGUAAAAGAAGACCAGAAUUCUGUGUCCCACAAAAGGAAUUCAAAACCAAGAGGCACCAAAUCAGAUUGCCACGAACCAUUAGCACAAGCAUCAAAUAUGUUUCUUGAACAUCUUCCUCCGCUGCCCAGGAUACCUCCAUACCUAGAACUCAAGGAUAGAUUCAAAGACACUGUGCCACCUCAGAAACCUGAACUAAAACUGGCUCAGGUGCAAAAUCCAAAAGGUAUUGCGCUCUCAUGGACUGUUACGGAGAUUGAUCCUAAAUGCGCUCCUGUGGAGAGCUAUCACUUGUUCCUAUACCAUGAACAUCCCAAUAACAGUACUGCAUCACACUGGAAGAAAAUAGGAGAAAUAAAGGCUUUGCCACUACCAAUGGCUUGUUCUUUAUCACAAUUUACAGCCUCCAAGAAGUACUACUUUACUAUACAAUCAAAAGAUGUCUGUGGACGUUAUGGACCGUUUUGUGAUAUACAGUCAAUUUCUUUAAUUUCUCUGGAAAACUCGUAAGCUAUUUCAAUAAUUGUUACACAUUUGUUUCUUUGAAAUUCUGUAUUUUUACUUGUAAACAAUUUAGAGUCAAGAAAUUAAUUGCACCACAGGCUAGAGAUGUAAAAAAAAAUAUAACAAAUAUUAACUGUAUAACCAAUAAAAAUUCAAUUGGGUACAUGGUUAAAUGGGGGGCUUGGCUGUGCCACGGUCUGGCCCUACCUUGAGUUUCACAGCAGGUGAUGGGCCAGGCCCGGGCACCAGUUAACUGGUUGCCCAUUUAUAUCACUUCCACACAGUAUUCAGUCAGUUUUGUUUCUUAUCUAUGAUGCCCGUGGCCAAUUAUUUAUAUUCUGAGCAUUAUUGAAUACAUUUUGUAAGUUGUUUCUAAAAACUUGAGGCUAAGAAUUCUAGUGUUAAAAACAAAUUUCAUUUCCAUCCUUAGUUGUUUUCCUUCUGAAUCCUUCCCCUACUAUUUCUUUUCUGUGAGCAUCUUUGCAUGUAGGAUAUACUUGGGACCUAAAGGGAUAAAAGUUUCCACUUGGUAGCUAUGAAUUUUGAUGAUGAUCAUGAGAUGAGAAAGAUAACAUCAUGAGUUCUGUGGUGUUUUCCUCACCUUUUUUUGUAUUUUGGGAGAAAAUAGUGGGUUUUGUGCGUUCCAUUCGUUUCACCAAAUAGUGCACAAACUUUCAGAAAAUUUUAAUUCUUGUACUUCAGUAUAUUCAUCCAGUACUGCAGGAGCACAUCCAUUAUUCUGAAGCCUCUGAAAACUAAUUGUAAGGGUAAAAGUCCCUGUCAUUGGGAUAAUAAUACCAACACUAUAGUGUUUAAAUAUUGGAAUCACCUGAGACAGUCAGCUGGACUUUGUAGAGAUGCUUCAUUGUAUAGAACACCAAGUAAGAGUGUUUCAUUAUCACUCAUUUUGAGCAAGAAUUAAGCUUUUUGAGAAUUUGAUUGAAGUGUUUAUAAAUAAAUGUUUUUCAGUGCUGUAUUUCACUUGUUUGUGUGUUCUGGUUUUGAAGAGGCUACCUUUAGGUACUACCAUGGGCCACCUAUCUGUGGUAUGAUGGGAGUAAUUACUUUCCGAGACAGACCUUUCAUACGUUAUAAAGAGAUAGGUGGCACAUUACUUACAUUAAUUAGUGAUGAUUCUAGAAUAUUAGUUUCCAAAAUUAUUAAUUAAUAACAAAGGCAAUGUAGUGGCGGUUGGCAUUUUGUUUUUGGAAAUGUGCAUACUGAAAUUAAUUCAGUGAUAUUUGUAGUGUUUCCAGUACAGCAAGAAUAUAAAAAAGACAAAAUCUGAUUUAAUUUAAAUUUAAUAAAUUUUAUACAGUUUAAAUCAUGCUGUGUGGGAUACACACAAGAUUAACUGAAUAAGUUUGAUUCUUUCAGUGUUAAACUUGUUUUUAUGUAUGCUUAACCACAACUUUAAAUUGUUACAGUCAACAUGCAAUCUUUCAUUUCAAAACUUUUAAAAACUGGUUUCAAACUUAACUGCCCUGAAUUCCCACUACCAAUUUUGAAGUGUCCUAUUCACACUUUUGUUGUUUUGCUUUCCUCUGUUUUAUGAAAGAAAUGAAAAACUGAAUGAUUACAUGGAGGAAACAGUGAAAAUGACUAUAUAAACUUUUAUUACUGGCUUAAAUAAACUGUCUUAAAUAAACCAAACUGAAGGAGGUAAUCUUUCCUGUCAGCUUUCAAUUCCAGUAAAUUCAAGUGUUGUAACAAUGGGUUAAAAUGUCCAGACAUUAACCUGUGUCCCUUGAUUAAAAAGUUUUAUAAAGUCUUUAUUUUCAUAUAUACAUAUGU